AUGUGCUGCUUGGAUGAUAAUUACAGAAAAAAUGGGGCUUUGGCGGGACUUUUUGUUGUUGGAAACGCGCUGGCGAGUUUUUAUCUGAUACUGACGUUCUUGAUGAUAACGGACAACUUGUGCAAAUAUUUGCUUUUUGUGUUUUCGAGCUUUUCGUUAAUUAUGGGUUUUCUGACGCUAAUGGCAGUGGUGCGAAUGUCAGAGGUGUUACGCCGCGAUACGUUUCUUAGACGACUCAUUUUGGCAUUUAUUGGAAUCGGAUUUAUUCUCGUGCCCGUGUGUUGCUGGAGACUUUUCAAUUUCAUGUCGCAUAUGGAAGAAAUAACCGUCGGAGGAAAGGUGGCAAAUGAUCGAUCACUUGCUGUUUAUGUUGAAUUAGGCCUUCUGAUCUUCCAUGGAAUCCUAAGCUGCUUCAUCGUCUGCUCAAUUCACGAAGCAAAGCAAACGCGCCAUUACUUUGAGCGAGAAGCCAAGUACAACUACGUAGAGAACACUCAAACAGGGAAUUCCGAGCGAUUUCUGACAGCAGGUAGCGGCGCUUGCUCCCCAAACGGGUCAAAUCUAAGCACGGCCGCACUGUCACGCAUGAGACACGGGGGUUAUCUGCAUGAAAGGGACGGUGACAAAAAGCACCACCACAACCAUCAUCACCGGCAUCAGCGCCAUCACCACAAGAGGACUAAGCAUGAACGGGAGUUUUUGUAUGUUCACCAGGCCGUGAAGGGAGGUCCUCUCGUAGACGACGAAGAGGGUUCCAAUGCAAGCUAUGAUCUUGAUGAUCCGGAAAGACGAGGAAGUGACGAGAAUGAAGAAUAUUCCGAUGGAAUGGUUUCAGAAGAAUCUGUCAAUAGCGAAAAACAUUUGACAAGGGAAGAAAUGCGACAAAGAGGACUUCUAGCGAUGAAACAAAAAAGAGGACUUGGCCGCCGAGGGAGUGAGGACUCUGACUUUUACGACGAAGAAAAAGAAUCGUACGCCAGCCGAAAACGCAGUUCGGAAGGAUCUUCAGCGCUCCUACUGGUCAAUGAUAAGACGACCAAUGACAAAAGAAAUCUCGCUGCAAGUCGUCAGGCAGGAAUGACAAACUCUCGCGUUUCGGGCUUUUCAACUGGUCGAGGAGGAGGAUAUCAAGGAAGAGCCCUUCCCCGACCAGAGUCAAUUGAACCGGCAGAGCUCGAGCUUGGCGCUUCUGAUGAUGAAGCUCGCCAUUUAGGCCAAAUCGACCACAGCGAAUUCAUCGAUUUCAAAUCCGACUUUAAUCGACGCUCAUCAAAUCGGACAAGCACGUCGAAAACACUGCCAGAUUUAAAUCAUCCUGUGAGAGAAAAAUCAAAACGUAAAUCAAAACCUGUAAAAGCCUCAAAAAGAGUAGAAACGGACGAAGAAAAUGAAUAG